UUCUUUUGCUAAAACAUAUAAUGGCACCAAUAAUGCACAUUCGCGCUUUCACUUUCUUUUGCUGCACUCUCACAUUCUUACAUUUGCUUCUCUACUGCGCUUCACUCUCCCAAGAUGGCUUAAUUCUGCUUAAAAUAAAGAAGGGAGAUUGGAGGGACAAGCGAAAUGCUUUGAGCGACUGGAAUGAGUCUCACCAAAAUCCAUGUGCUUGGAAAGGAAUCUCCUGCGAUACAUUCAACAGCGUUACCACUGUUGAUCUCACGGGGGCCUCCAUUUCUGGUAACUUGACCUCCUCCAUAUGCGGCCUUUCUAAUCUCACUUCCUUGAAUCUCCAAGAUAAUGCUUUCAGGGGUCCAUUCCCCCAUGCCCUCUUUCAUUGCAAGUGUUUGCAGAAGCUCGAUUUGUCGAGUAACCAGUUUGCUGGUACGCUGCCCAGUCGUAUCUCCGAAUUAAGCAAGUUGAGAGUGUUGAACCUGGCAUAUAAUGCUUUCAUUGGCUCCGUUCCUGCAGCCUUCGGAAUGCUGUCAAUGCUUGAAGCUCUCUUCCUCCACGACAAUAGUUUGAGCGGAGCAUUCCCUCAUUUUGUCGGGAAUUUGAGGUUUCUGAAGAACCUCACGUUUGAUAAUAAUCCUCUGCGUGCUGGUGAGCUACCUAGUGAGCUUGGCAAUUUAAAGCAACUGCAGCAGUUAUGGCUACAGAACUGUAGUCUUGUGGGCGGAAUCCCGAAUUUCUUGGGCAAUUUAACGCAGCUGGAGGAGUUGGAUUUGUCGCUGAAUCAUCUCUCGGGUGAGAUCCCUACCAGUUUAAUGGCUCUCUCAAAUUUGACAGACAUUUUCCUCUAUGACAACAAUUUGUCUGGCCAAGUUCCUGCCAACAUUGGCCAACUGAGGAGCAUGUACAGUUUGGAUUUUGGCGACAAUCAACUUCACGGCACAAUUCCAGCUGCAGUCGCCAAUCUCACAUAUCUGAAUUCUCUGCAUUUGUAUAACAAUCGGCUGACCGGAGAAAUACCUGCUGGGCUCGGAAAGCUGCGCUACUUGAGCUAUUUGAAGCUGUUCGGCAACAAGCUCAGUGGAUGGUUGCCCCAGAGUUCGGGUACAUUCUCUAAUCUCAUUCUUGUUGAUCUGGAGGGAAACGAAUUGGAAGGCCCUCUGCCAAAGAAUCUUUGCCGAGGAGGAGUCCUCUACAGCUUUCUUGGCUCUUCAAACAAAUUCAAUGGUAGUCUGCCUUCGUCCUUUGAAAACUGUAGUUCUCUAGAGUAUCUGUACAUCAAGAACAAUCAUCUGAGCGGUGAGAUUCCUCCAGGGCUCUGGGGUGCUCCCAAUCUCAAGGAAUUGUUUCUCAGCAACAAUAAGUUUGAAGGCCCAAUUUCAGCUGCAAUCGGCGAAGCGAAAAAUCUGAGUCGGUUGGAGAUAAGCCACAACCGAUUCCAAGGAAGAAUCCCUCCACAAGUUGGACAGCUGAUAAAUCUUCAAGUCUUUGAAGCCAGCAACAACUCUUUGUUAGGCCCUAUUCCCCAUGAGCUCAGGGGAUUGAGUUUGGUCAGUACUGUCCAGCUGGACCAUAAUUUUCUGUCAGGAGAAAUUCCCAUGGAAAUAACGUUGCUAAGGAAGCUCAGUCAGCUCAAUUUAGGUCACAAUCAGCUUACAGGCGAAAUCCCUACAGCUCUGAACGACAUCAUGAACAUUCUUGAUCUGUCAAACAAUUUUCUUUCUGGCGGAAUUCCUCCCGAAUUAGGACAGCUGAAACUGAAUGUUUUCAAUGUAUCCAACAAUAACUUGUCUGGACGCAUUCCUGGCGCUCUCGACAUUCUGGCUUACAAGGAGGGUUUUCUGGGCAAUCCGAACCUAUGCGGGGGUCAGAAUUUGAUGCUACCUCCGUGUUCCUCUCCUCAUAAGUUGUCACCUCAGAGUUUAGCUUCUAUCUUGUUACCGCCUUUACUUGUAGUGACGGUGACCUUGUGCUCCAUUUGUCUGUGUUGCUCGUUUUCCAGAAAGCCAAGCAGCGGGCCAUCGUGGAAAUUAACUCCAUUCCACGCGACAGAUGUGGACGAGAUAUACAUCCUCCACAAUUUGAAGGAGAGAAACGUGAUCGGAUGCGGAGGUGCUGGAAAAGUUUACAAGGUCACUCUCCACAACGGGCAAGCGGUAGCGGUUAAGAAGAUCCAAAACAUGAGCAGACCAACAGGAAAUUCUAAGAAACAAGGCGAGCAAGAAGAGAACAAAAGUGGGGAAGUGGAGGUGGAUAGAUUGGGACUCAUCCGGCACAACAACAUUUUAAAGCUUAUCUGCUGCAUUUCAAGGGAAGAUUCGUAUUUCAAGCUAUUGGUGUACGAGUUCAUGCCCAACGGUAGCCUGCUCGAUCGUCUACACGGUAGCCCAGGAUCACAAACGCCACUGCCAUGGCCAAUACGUUAUCAGAUCUCUCUCGACGCAGCUCGCGGGCUCAGUUAUAUGCAUCAUGAUUGCUUCCCUCCAAUAUUGCACAGGGAUGUGAAGUCCAGCAACAUCUUGCUGGAUGGAGAUUUUGGAGCUAAAAUUGCAGAUUUUGGCUUAUCCAGAGUGCUUGAUAGGUUAGGCCAUGAGUAUACGGUGUCUGGCUAUGUAGGAUCACACGGAUAUAUUGCCCCAGAAUAUGUUGAGAGGUUAAGGGUCGAUGAGAAAAGUGACGUGUACAGUUUUGGAGUGGUUAUAUUAGAACUGGUGAGCGGGAGGAAAGCCACGGGAGAGAGUGAGUAUGGAGAGGGCGUGGACAUCGUGGGUUGGAUAAGGGACACAAUUUGGAUGGGUGGAGAGAGAGAAGUGCUGGAUAAGCGAGCGGUGGAUGAUAAUUACAUAGAACAAAUGAUGCGCGUCUUACGUGUGGGUUUAGUUAGCACGAAGAGAGAGCCAAAACAGCGGCCUUGUAUGAGAGAAGUGGUGGAGAUGUUAGUGGCAUGCGGUGGGGACAACCGUAAGGAGACAAUGGAUAAAAUAAUAUCAGGACAUCCGGAAAGGUCUUCAAGACAAGACUCCGAGAGCGAGAAUGAAGUGGUUUUCUUCUCAGUUUAACGGGGAAGCGGCUAUCCAGUUCACUCUUGUUUGCACACUGUUCACUGUCCUAUCGCCUCUAACGAAUCCAGUAGCUGUUUACGAGGUAAAAAUCAGGAGGACAACAGCUAACUCGCUGGAUUUUACUUUUUUUGUUCUUUCUUUGUUUAUGUCCACUCUGUCUGUUAUUUUCUCAAAUAAAUUUAUGAGAGAUUUCUUGUUAUUA